CUGAAACUCUUCUCUCCGCGCGUCCUGGCGCGCGCGGCGCGUCCUGGCGCCGCUGCAGACCGCAAAGGGUUAAACGGGGUUACCAGCAACGCUUUUAACAGGCAGGUGCCCCCCCCCCCCCAGCCCCCGCGCAGAGCCCCGCACCCGCGCAUUAAAACGCGUCCUCCAACUUCUGAGCAGCAGCUCCUAAUUGUCAUCACGCGUUGCGGCGCCGGCCGGAGAUGGCUGCGCACCGGCGCAGGCUGGCUCACCGGUGAUGCGCCUCUGACUGUGCUGCUCUCACUCACUCUUGCUCCCGACCGAGGCUCCCUCCGGCUGCUGGGGGAUCAGGGGCGCAGCGGGUCCGAUUCCACCUCCGGCUCUCUCUCCGACAUGCGGCGGAUGCGCUCCCCGGGAUUCUGGACCGGGAUCCUGGCGUGCGCGUCGGUGUGGAUGGAGCUGUGCGUCGCCGUUCUGAGCGAUGGCCCCUACUCGCACGCGGGCAUCUGCCCCAAUGACAUGAACCCCAACCUGUGGGUUGAUGCCAUGAGCACGUGCACGAGAGAGUGUGAAUCAGACCAGGAGUGUGAGACCUUUGAGAAGUGUUGCCAGAACGUGUGCGGGAGCCGCAGCUGUGUGGCCGCCCGCUUCCUGGACGGGGUCAGGGGCCCGGGGGGCCCGCCGCCGGGGGCCAGCUGCGCCGGCUUCCCGUGCGUCCAGCAGGGCUCGGAGUGCGAGGUGUGGGAGGGGGCCCCGGUGUGUAAGUGCCGGGACCGCUGCGAGCGGGAGCCGCGCUUCACCUGCGCCUCGGACGGCCUGACCUACUACAACCGCUGCUACAUGGACGCCGAGGCCUGCUCCAAGGGAACCACGCUGACCGUGGUCACCUGCCGCUUCCACCUCACCUGGCCCCACACCAGCCCCCCGCUGGCCCCGGUCACCACCCUCCGCCCCACCACCGCUCCCCUGAGGGCCACCGCCCCGCCCCCCACCCAGCCCCAGCCUCCAGCGGUCAUCCGGCCCCCCGUCCGGCAGGCGGUGGCGGUGGGGGGCACGGCCAGCUUCCCCUGCCAGGUCAGCGGCCGGCCCCCGCCGCAGGUCACCUGGGAGAAGCGGGCUCCGGACGGGGCCGGGGGGCCGCCCAUGAGGCCCAACCACGUGCUGGGCAACAUGGUGGUCACCAACAUUGGUCAGCUGGUCAUCUACAACGCGCGGCUGCAGGACUCGGGCGUGUACACGUGCACGGCCCGGAACCCGUCCGGCUGGGUGCAGAGCCACCACCCGCUCACCGUGCUGCCCCCCCCGCUGCCGGCCCCCGGGGCCGCCAACCGGAGCCGCUGCGGCCCGGAGGCGUGCGCCCGCCCCCCCGACGGCCCCCCCGACGGGCCCCGGGCCUGCGGGGGCCGGCCGGAGACGGUCAGCUGGUACUACGAGCCCAAGGCCAACAGCUGCUUCCCCCUCGGGCGUUGCCCCGGCGACGGGCCGGCCGGGGGGCUGCUGGACACCUACGACCGGUGCAUGCGCUGCUGCGGGCCGGAGCUGACCGGUCCAGAGCUGACCGGGCAAGAGCCGACCACUCCAGAACUGACCGGGCCGGACCUGGCCGGACCCUGCAGCCUCCCCAGCUCCCAGGGCCCCUGCAAGGCCUACGAGCCCCGCUGGGCCUACAGCAGCCUGCUGGGGGGGUGCCGGUCCUUCGUCUACGGGGGCUGCGACGGAAACCAGAACAACUUUGAGUCCAAAGAAGCCUGCGAGGAGGCCUGCCCCCUCCCCAGGAGCCCCCACUGCCGGGCCUGCCGGCCCCGGGGCCGCAUGGUGACCAGCUUCUGCCGCAGCGACUUCGUCAUCGUGGGCCGCAUGGCGGGGCUGACCCAGGACGGGGACUCGGGCCACGCCCUGGUCACCGUGGAGGAGAUCCUCAGAGACGAGAAGAUGGGCCUCCGCUUCUUCGGGAAGGAGCCCCUGGAGGUCACCUUCGUCCACAUGGACUGGAACUGCCCCUGCCCCAACAUCACGGCGGCGGCGGCCGAAGGCCAGGUCAUCGUCAUGGGCAACGUCAGCGAGGGCAUGGCCGUCCUUCACCCCGAGAGCUACGUGGGCGCCUCCAGUCCCCGCCGGGUCAGGAAACUGAAGGAGGUCAUCUCCAAGAACACCUGUGACAUUCUGAAGGCCAUCACCAGCGGCCCCCAGUAG